CGCGCCUGGAGGAAAAGGAGGAGGAGGAGGAGGAGGAGGAAGAAAAAAAGAGACCAUAGACUUCCACCUGGGCCUAGAGCGGUUCUUAAAGUAGCUGGGAGAGGCGGGCGGGUUGGGACCACCUUCAUUACAGGCCGCCGGCGGUAUCAUGGCGACCCGGAACCCCCCUCCCCAAGAAUAUGAAAGUGAUGAUGAUUCUUACGAAGUGUUGGAUUUAACUGAAUAUGCAAGAAGACACCACUGGUGGAAUCGAGUGUUUGGCCACAGUUCCGGACCUAUGGUAGAAAAAUACUCAGUAGCCACCCAGAUUGUAAUGGGUGGAGUGAGUGGCUGGUGUGCAGGAUUUUUGUUUCAGAAAGUUGGAAAACUUGCAGCAACUGCAGUAGGUGGUGGCUUUCUUCUCCUUCAGAUUGCCAGUCACAGUGGCUAUGUGCAGAUUGACUGGAAGAGAGUUGAAAAAGAUGUAAACAAAGCAAAAAGACAGAUUAAGAAACGAGCAAAUAAGGCAGCACCUGAAAUCAACAAUAUAAUAGAAGAAGCAACAGAAUUUGUCAAGCAGAACAUUGUGAUAUCCAGUGGAUUUGUGGGAGGCUUUUUGCUAGGCCUUGCGUCUUAAGGAUGUGAAUGUUCUAUCACGGUGGAGUCACCUCUGAGGAGAGAAAUGGUGGUGACAAGAUGGUCUCAACAUUACCCACUGACAGAUUCUCCAGGAUGACAAGAAACAACUAGCUGGACAAUACCAAACUCACUGCUUAGCAUUUUGCCAUCUGAAAUGUGGCAGACUAGUAUCUGCUAUAAAACAACCUGUAUGGUAUGUGUAUAAUAGUAUUCCAGAGCAAAACAUGGCUUUCAUUAUUUUUUAAAAAUUUGCAUUUGUUUAAAAUUUGCCUGUAAAACACUACCAUUGAAUAUAGAUAUGCAGAGAGAAAAAAUCUGUUGGAUAUAUCCCCCAGUGAAAUAUUACCAUCAUUUUAUUUAAAUAGGAUGUUCUCCAUUGUGCUUUUUAGUAUAGUGCUAAUAAUUAAAAACUUUGUAUUAUAGCUUCAACAGCAGGGCUGACUUUUUUUUAAAGAUAUGUUUGCAAUAAACUGAAGAACUGUAAUGCCCUUUUGUGGAAGGAUUUACAAAUAAUAGAAUUAUUAAAGAUAGUAAAUAAAUUUAAUACCAGUUUUUAGGUUGUUUUUUCUGCAAUUCUUACUUUGCUUUUGUAAUAACUGUAGUAAACAGUUUCAGGAAAUGCUCUUCUAGAGAAAUACUACAUGUCUAAAGCUCUUUUUCUUUUUUUGAUGUCUGUAGUUGUAAAAAUAUCUUCUUGUAUAUAAGCUUCUAAUUUUUUUAUUCAUUUGUUUAUCUUGGCAGUCUGGGUAGAACUGAUUAUUUUGAGGGUACGUAUAGUUGGGUCACUGAUUGAUUUUAUUAACUUUGAGUGAAACUUGUUUUUCAUUUUUUAAAAUCCUAAGUAUUAUUUUGACCCCUUCUUUACAAAGAGGUAAAAAUCACUUUAAAAUACUUAGUAGUAUAGUAUGAAUGUAUUGUCUGAAGAACUGUGAUUUUCUAUAUAAUCAUGAAAUUAUAGCUUAAAGAGAAUCAUCUCCUCGAUCUAGUCUAAGAUGUAAAUGCUAAGGCUUUCAGGUUUUUAGGUAGCAUUAUGUUGGUUCCAGCACUAGGCCAGUUGACUUGUUUUUCAGGACCAAUAUCAUACUGCCUCAGAGGCUCCUUUGCCUAGAAGAGCCUUUUGUAUUGUUUGUUUUGUCCAGAGUUCUAGGUUGGAAUUGGGAAAAACAGCAGAACGACGUGUGUUGGAGUUUUCAGAUUGGAAAGACUACAGAUAUUCAGACUGUCUCCUUUUGAUGGGAAGUCCCUAUAGUAUUUUUUGUGUAUUGUAAACAUGAGGCAUCUCAUACUUUCAGGAUUGUUACAGUCUGUGUGCUUUCACUUUGACAAGAUUCCUUAAAAUUGAAUGUGGCAUUAAUCUUCAUUUUCUGCCUUUACUCUCAUUAGCACCUCAGAUAAAAUGCUAAAUAAAACUCAGACUUUCUUAAUAUGAAGUGAUUUUGCUUAUAAAUACUUAAUUUUUCUUCUUUGAGCUUUUCUCUGUUUCUGCCUUGCCUAGCUUUUCAUUACUGUGGAAUUAAAAGGGAAAAAUAUUCUACGUUAGGUAGAACCCUUGGCCACGCUUCCGUGUGGUAUAUCUGCGUGGUACCUCUCAUCUGAUACAGUGAGGCAGGCUACUGUGGGGAGCCCUAGUAGCUGGCUCAGUUUAUUCAUUUUGGAAAUAUUUAUAGUGUCUGUUCUGUGUAUGAUACAUUGGAAAAGUGGGGGGCACAAAAAUAUCUGCCCUCAAAUAGAGACUAAAUAUUCCUAUAUGAAAAUUUAUAUACUAAUACAGGAGAACCUGGCAUAUGAUUUAGUGGCAGAUGAGUUGUAGAGAUAACUACUUUCGGAGUCCAAACAUGAGUGAAAAAUGAAAAAGAGCACUUCAUUUUUACCAAGCAUUUUUCCAAGCAUUUGUUGAUUUGUUUGAAAAUUUUUGUAUUCCAGUGUAAAAUACUAUCAGCGCUCUCCAUACACUCUCCUCUCUGUUAUUGCCCGUUCUGUCUCGUGUCUGCGCCGUUUCCCCACAAGGUUGUAUGCUACUUCAGGCAGUUGUGUGUGGUAUUAAUUUGUAACUUGUGACACACCCUUUGUAAUGCUUUGCUUACCGUAGGUGAUGUUGUGGAUGAGUAUAUGAACAGCGUAUUACUGUGCUAGAGUUGGUAUCAACCUAUAGGAAACCUUCUCUGUAUAGCAGUCUGGUGAAUCAGAAGCUCCAUCAGAAAUGACUUGGUGGGGCUUGGGCUUAAUGAAGAGCCUACAGCCUGCCUUUGUCUAA